AUGGUUCAAAAUACCGAAAUUGUAGAUGUCAGUAAUAACACUGUGACGUUGGACAAUUUGUCCGACUACAUGGUCAUUGGCUGGGAUAUAGAUACGACUGGACGCCGUUUAUUGGACGAAAUAUGCCAUAUUGCUGGUCACACACCAAAUUCGCAGUUUAAUCAAUAUAUAAUGCCACAUAAUGACAUUGAUCAAGUAGCCAGAAGACGCCAUCUUUUGUGCACUAUAACAAUGGGACGUUUCCGUGCAUUAAAAGAUAUAAAAAAUAAUAAAACAUUAAAAUCAAAAAGUGAAAUAUCUGCUUUAGCUGAAUUUAUAGAAUGGUUAGAACAAAUGUUAAAAGACAAUGGUAAAAAAAUGGCCAUUUUAGUGUGUCAUGAAGUUAGCAAAUUCAACACUUGUCUUCUAAUCAAGUCUCUUCUUGCCUAUAAUUUAUUAGAUAAAUUCUCUGAAGUAGUCAAAGGAUUUGCCAACUGCCAUUCAUUUGCUCAAACUCAUUGUCAAGAUACUAUGGUUAUGUUUUCAUUAAGAGUUUUGUCAAAGGUGCUCUUAGAUAAAGAUCACAUUGAUACUUCCAAGGCAACUGAUCGUGCUAAAUUAGCUUAUGAUAUUGUCCAACAUUUGUGUGUAACUUUGGAAAGUGGUAAUGAUGAUGGAAAAGAAGUAGUAACUGGAAGUGAAGUUUCUGAAGAAACCAAGGCCAAGGCAUUAUCGACAUUCCUUACAAGUAUAGAUAACGAAGUACAGACAUUGCAUAGCACUCAAGAGUUAUUGGCAAGACAAAAGUCAUUAAAUACAGUUUACCAUAAGUCUUUGUCAUACCAAACAUCAACAUUAGAUCGCAAGAAAGCUAUUAGUUAUCGUAAUUCGAUCGCCAAAGCUAACAUUGAUUAUUUAACACUCCAAUCUUUAUGGACAGAAAAUAAGGAAAAUAAAGAUGGUUUCAAAGACGCUGUUAAAGAUAAAUUGCCGGAACUGACUGAUGAAGAAAAAGAAGACAUUGUUAGUACUAUAAUCAUGCAUUUUGAAAAUCCUGAACCGGUUUCUCCACCUCCUAAAGGAGGCCGAAAGUAUGGUGGCAGAUUUAGGAGACGUAGCAGCAGUUACAAGGACAACAGAAAGAGCAUAUCUGAAAACGAUGCUGGCUCUCUUUCGCCAAAUUCAACCGACCACGCCAAUGGUCACAACCUAGAAGCAGAAAAGCCCCAGAACGAAAUUAUCAAAAGUCAAGAAAAUGGUGAGAACAACUGA